AUGGCUGAAUCUCAUCUCAAAGAGGAAAUGAGUGGUGCCGAAAGCCUCGUUCUUUAUUCACUCGUGAUUCAUGGCGCUACACAACCUGCUCGACAUUUUGAAGCGCCAAUGCAGAACUUCAUAUCACAAGCAACAGAUAUUUGUUAUGAAGUGGAGCAGGCAGCGUGCCAGUUGUCGCUGUUGGGAUUGGCAGAUCCUGCAGAAGCCGACAAUGUCUACACGAGGUUGAUGACUGUUGUUAGCGACAUAAUCAACAAUGCGAUGCAGUUGGAUGAUAAGACUGGCGCUGUUCUUCCAGCCGCUUUUUAG